GGCCGCACUGGCGGAGCAGCCCCGAAGUUUGCGGGGCGGCCGGCGCGGGGCCAUGUGGCUGCUGUGGCUGCUGCUGGGCUCGGCGGACAGCCAACUGUUGCCUGGGAAUAACUUCACAAAUGAAUGCAACAUUCCUGGAAACUUCAUGUGCAGUAAUGGACGCUGUAUCCCAGGGGCCUGGCAGUGUGAUGGGCUGCCAGACUGCUUUGAUGACAGUGAUGAGAAGGAAUGCCCGAAAACCAAAUCCAAAUGCGGCGCCACAUUCUUCCCCUGUGCCAGCGGGAUCCACUGCAUCAUUGGCCGCUUCCGCUGCAACGGCUUCGAGGACUGUCCCGAUGGCAGCGAUGAGGAGAACUGCACAGCAAAUCCCUUGCUUUGCUCUACUGCCCGAUUCCACUGUAAAAAUGGUCUUUGCAUUGAUAAAAGCUUUGUGUGUGACAGUCAGAAUAACUGCCAAGACAACAGUGAUGAAGAAAGCUGCGAAAGCCCUCAAGAGGCAGGCAGCGGCCAAGACUACGUGACCUCAGAAAACCAGCUGCUUUACUACCCGAGUAUUACCUACGCCAUCAUUGGGAGCUCUGUCAUUUUCGUGCUCGUGGUGGCCUUUCUUGCCUUGGUCCUGCACCACCAGCGGAAGCGCAACAACCUCAUGACUCUGCCGGUGCAUCGCCUGCAGCACCCUGUGCUGCUGUCCCGGCUGGUGGUGCUGGAUCACCCGCACCACUGCAGCGUCACCUACAACGUCAACAACGGGAUACAGUACAUGUCCAACCAGGCCUACCACAGGCCCGUGGACCUGGACUCCCCGCCAUCCUACUCGGAGGCUGUGCUCGACCAAAGCAGACCACCUUGGUUUGACCUUCCUCCACCGCCUUAUUGUUCUGAAUCUGAACCCCCCAAUCAACCCGAUCUUCCUCCUUACCGAUCUCGGACAGGGAGCUUGGCCAGCACGGACACCCCCAUGGCAGAAAGUCCUCUGGGCACAUCCGACAGUUGGACAAGAGACAUCCAUGGCAGCACGGAUGGCCACAGAACUCUUCUUGGGAGGACAGUAGAUCAGAGCGAUUCUCUGGUCAACCGCGUUGCUGAAAGAGAAGUGUAACUGCUCCAGCUUUUGGGAUGGGCAGGAAGGCAUUUACUGUGUCUGUAUGAGUUAGUCUGCAGUGGCUAAUGGGUUUCAGGGGGACAUGUGCCUGAAUGAUGACUUGAUUUGAAUUCACACUAAGUUAUUGUUUGAAUCCAGCAUUUUGGGCUCAUCAAGUACAGAGGACUAAACCUGGAGUCACAUCAACUCUUCGUGAUAUUUCUGUGGGCAAGUUCUGGUUCAGACAAGUAAGAGAAACAUCAGUGCUGUGUCAGAAGAACUGAUGUGGUGUAUUUAUUGGACUGCUUACUGUAUAUGAAUGUAUAUAUGUGUGUGUAUAAUAUAUACAGAAGUUAAACACAAGAACUGUGCCAGAAGGACUCUGGUUUUCAGACUGCCUCCCAUCUUGUCAACAUGUGAGCUGUUUCUUCUUACUGCCUGGUGCCAGCUGGUGGUCAAUGAAGCACGAGAGGCAGUCACUCUGCUUGGAGGUCUGACGCCCAAUGCCAGCCCCCUGGCAGUGCUCGAAUUGCAAAUGAUGUCUUACUUGACCCCUCUCUUCAUGGCCUGGAACAUUCUCACCAUGAAGGAGUUUCAAGCUUGUAAGGAUGCAACAACUCUAACUGAGCAAACAAGGUUUUUUUACAGAUGCUAGUAUCUAGGCCAGAUUUGCAUGGGUUGUCUCAGCAACACCACAAAGGUUGGUUUAUCUGUCAGACUUCAGGGCUGAGUAUAGAGGCACUGAAGCUUCUCAAAAACACAGCUCAAGACUUCUUUUCCUUUGUGGAAAAACAACAUUACUCCAUUUGUUCCCUCUUAAAAAAAAACAAAAACAACAAAACAUAACUAAACAACAAAACAAAGAAAACACCCAAAUUGUUAAAGCUAAAUCUUCAAUGCCAAAACCAGUCUGAGGCAAACACCCAGCCCAGAAAGCUUAAAGUUCAAUGGCUAGUUUGUUGUAUCUGUAAAAUACCCGGAAGUAGGUCAUGUGGCAAAGGAUGUUGGAAUUGUUGUCCCUCUCUAUAACAUGUAUGUACAUGCAUGGAAAUACAUGUGUAAUACUACAUGUGGGUAUGUAUGUAGUGCAACACACAGGUUUAGUUCUACUGCUCCACAAGAACUCUAAACUGACAAAGUUUCAUUUUUGGUGAUCUUGUUUUUUAUGGACUUUUUAUGGAGUUUGCAUUAUUCAUGUUCAUUUGGUUGAAAUUUCAACUUCUGCAGAAAACCAGGACUGUUUAUGUCUGUUUUGUCCUAACUCUUGGAAUGGUCUUCUGUCGAGUGUAUUUCAGUGCACCUUAUUGAAAUCACCCAUGUGAAAGCACCUCAGAGGUAAAGGUAUUCAGAGUGGCAAGAGGGAAGAAGCCAUGAGUUUAAAUGCCACUGCAGUGCUGUGCUUGUGCUCCCUAUCCAGAAAACAGUGCAGUGUCUUCCUCUUGUCCAGGGGGAAAUUUGCCUUGAAAAACUAUUUGUGUUUGUCUAUCCCACAUUUCCCACUCCUUUUAUGCAAAAGAACUGUGCCAUUAAGCAGACUUUGCUGUUUCAAGGAAAUGAAGGAAGCAGACUGCCCCCACCUCUUGCUUUCUUCCUCCCCAUCUUUCUAAGGUAACUUCUUUUGCCCAAAAGUUACAUGUUCAGGACCCAGGAAUUUUUGAGCUGGAGUGUAGGUAGGGGAGCAACUCAAGUUCGGUCUCAGUUCCCACACAUACGCCUUAAUUUUUUUGGUGUU